GCUUCUUGAUCAGGUCACUGAAACAGCCAAGCAACAAUGGGUCUGCUUGUUGUGCUGCUUUGCUGUAGCUUGGUCUCCGGAGUCUUUGCAUCUCAUCUGCAAGGUGGGAUCAUGACUUUCACACCCAAGGGAAGAAAUCCAGAUGGGACAAUCAGGGUGGACUUUCGUUACAAAGAGUCAUUCAGAAAUGGAUGUCAUCGGGAGUUUUACUGGUACUGCAGUCAGGGAAACUGUGGUUCUAUUGAGCACUUUGAAUACGGGACAAUUGAUAGUGACCCUUUAGGAGUCAGCUGGUGUCAGGCAGAGGGCUACAUGUCAAGAAGGAUAUCGAGUGAUAAACCUUUUGACUUGCAAGACACAAGCUGCUGUUGGAUCUACAACUCAAAUUCUGCUUCCUCGUGGCUGCUGUUGACUCAUGUAGAUCUGGGCACAAGAUCAGAUACUGGAUUCCCCAACAGAUCCCCAGUAACGACAAUCCUUCCAAUAAUCAGGGUCCCUGGAAACUGUCCAUCAGCAUACACAUUAAUGGCACAUGACCCAGAUGGGGAUCGUGUAAGAUGCCGAUAUGGAGUUGCAAGCUACCAUGAGUGUUUCAGCUGCUACCAACAUUCAAAUUUCCAUAUAGAUGAGAGUACCUGCACUUUAUCUUUUAAUGGUGCAGCACAUGGUUCUACACUUGUGUUUGAACUUGUACUGGAAGAUUCUCCAAGGCAGUACAUAACAUUAAGAUAUGGAGAUGGUACAACAUCUACCCGAAACCCAUUCAAUCUCACUCAGACCACUACAUCAUUUCCAGCAAGUUCACAAUAUUAUUAUACACUGAGCAAAAUACCCUUGCAGUUUGUUGUUCAAGUUGACCCUGCUGUGCCCUCCUGUAAUUUUGGGGAAUACAGACCACAGUUUCUAAAUCCAUCUCCUCCCCAUGGCAUCUAUGUAAAUGCAUCAGUUGGACAUGAAUUCCAAAUCCCUCUCAGAGCAGUAGCAACAAGGGACAGAAUAUCUGACAUCAAGAUGAGUGGACCCCUUAACAUAACAAAAACAUUAAAAAACUACGAUAGCAACACUGGAGUCAUCGAUGUAAUGAUCACGUGGACCCCAACUGAAAAUGACUUUGGCGAACACAUUCCCAUAUGUUUCAUUGCAGAAACAGCAAGUGGGUACCAGUCUGAAAUGAGAUGUGUUAUAGCAGUUGUUGUUAAUAAAAUAGGUGAAGCUGAUAUCGAAUGCACUGACACAACAAUGACUCUGUACAUUUCCAAGUCUUCGGUAAGAGGACUUCAUGAAAAUCAUUUACGUUUAAAUGAUCCGACAUGUUCAGUGACAUCUAAUGGCUCUCAUAUUAUUGCAAGCGUGUCUCUGAACUCCUGUGGAACAAAGCUGGAGGAAACUGAAAAUGAUCUCAUUUUCAGAAAUGAAAUUACAUCGUUUGAUAAUCCUCAUGACAUCAUAACCAGAAAGCAUCAGAUCGAGAUACCGUUUAUUUGCAAAUUCCCCAAGAAGAGUCGACUCUCAACCUCCUUCAAAGCACACAAGAGUGCUUAUCUGUUCACAGAAGCCGGUUUUGGCAGUUUCACCUAUUUGUUUGAGUUCUAUGACAGCAGUGCUUUCAGCAGAAUGAUCAACCCAAACAGUUAUCCCAUAGAGGUGCAGCUACAGGACAUGAUAUACAUGGACAUCCAAGUACAGACAUCCCUUUCAACCACACAGCUGUUUGUGGAGUCCUGCAGAGCAACACCAAAUGAUAACCCCAAUGAUCCCAUCUACUAUGAUAUCAUUAGCAAUGGGUGCAUUGAAGAUGAAACCACCGUUGUCUAUUUAAACAACCAGACAGAUUUCAGAUUUGGAUUGGAGGCCUUUAAUUUCAUUGGGAACUAUGAACAGGUGUACAUCAGCUGCACAGUCAUCCUGUGUGUAGCAGGGGAUCCCAGCAAUAGGUGUGCUCAGGGCUGCACCAAUGGUACCUCUAUUGGACAUCACCAUCGCAAGAGAUCACUGGCUUCACAGAGCCAGAGACACUUCAUAUCCCAGGGGCCUCUGCGUUUUGCAAGGAGCUCUUCAGGCAGCCCAGGCUCCAAUCUGAAUUUGAACUUGAACAUCCUGGUUGUCGCUGUUGCUUUCAUUGCUGCCGUUUCCCUGGUUUGUGGAGUUCUGAUCUACAAAGCGAAAAUGGCCAACAUUGUCAAAUAUGAAACCGUUCCUUCUGCUGACUUCUAAAAUCAGAAUGAAAGACAAAACAAAUAUUUUAGUGAUCCCCUGAAUCACCAUGGGACAUUUUACAUUUGAAACAGCCUAAUAGCUAAUAGGGUUACUCCACCAUAAAUACAGGCUUCUAAAUCUAUUACAGUUUGAUAAUAUGUUUAGGUUUUUCCUCCUGCUAUAUUAAAAGUUCUUGCUUUGUAGAUGUUAAAGUAAUUAUUUAGGGUAAUAAUACAACAACGUAAACUUCUUUAAAUGUACCUACUUUUUGAGAAUGUGAUGCUAACUAUAAUAACUGAACCAUUAAAGAUUAAAAAACCUGCUUUCAGUAAGUGUAUAAAACAAGUUGUGAUUAAGACUCAGUAAAGUCUGUUUUUUUUCUACAUUGCAGAAUGCAUUUUCAAUCACAACAAUAGUAUCAUGUGUUUUAAUACACCUUUUGUAAGAUUCAUUAAUAAGUAAUUUUAUGCAUACUUACUCUUUGUGCUUGGCUGGUAUUGUACAAAGGAGCUUCUUUUGUAGUUGGUCUUUUACUGGUUAAUGCUAAGUUUAAUUCAUUCAAUGUUGAGUAUUUCAUUGUUUUGAGCUUUUCAUUUCCACUGUGUGUUGCAUCUCGUCUCAAUGGGUUUUCAUGGUAAAUAUUUUAAUAAAUGCAUGUAUAAAUAAA